CAUUCCUCAGGACUGAGUCUCCCACUAGCCAGCACACCUGGGAUGGGUAAUGGUGUGCAGGAAGGCUCUGUGCGCCUGCGUGAAGAUGCUGAAACUGUUCUGUCUGGGGCUGUCUCCUCAAAGAGAGACCACAGACAAGUGCUCAGCUCCCUGCUGUCCGGAGCCCUGGCUGGUGCACUUGCCAAGACAGCAGUAGCCCCCCUGGACCGAACCAAGAUCAUCUUCCAAGUGUCUUCAAAAAGAUUUUCUGCCAAGGAGGCCUUCCGGCUCCUCUACUUCACCUACCUCAAUGAGGGCUUCCUCAGCCUAUGGCGUGGCAACUCAGCCACUAUGGUGCGAGUGAUUCCAUAUGCUGCCAUCCAGUUCAGUGCUCACGAGGAGUACAAGCGCAUCCUGGGCCGAUACUAUGGCUUCUGUGGAGAAGCCCUGCCCCCGUGGCCCCGUCUCCUGGCUGGGGCCCUGGCUGGAACCACAGCUGCCUCCCUCACUUACCCUCUGGACCUGGUCAGAGCGAGGAUGGCUGUGACGCCCAAGGAAAUGUACAGCAACAUCUUUCACGUCUUCAUCCGCAUCUCGAGAGAAGAAGGGCUGAAGACCCUCUACUUCGGGUUCACACCCACUGUGCUGGGUGUCAUUCCCUAUGCAGGACUCAGCUUCUUUACUUACGAGUCACUGAAGAGCCUGCAUCGAGAGUACAGUGGCCGCCCGCAGCCCUACCCCUUUGAGCGUAUGGUCUUCGGGGCCUGUGCCGGCCUUAUCGGGCAGUCGGCCUCCUACCCUCUGGACGUGGUGCGGCGGCGCAUGCAGACGGCAGGUGUCACAGGCCACCAUCAUGGCUCCAUCCUGAGCACAUUGUGCUCCAUCGUGCGUGAGGAGGGUGCAGUGCGGGGCCUCUACAAGGGCUUGAGCAUGAACUGGCUGAAGGGCCCGAUUGCCGUGGGCAUCAGCUUUACCACUUUCGACCUCAUGCAGAUCCUGCUGCACCGGCUGCAGAGCUAGGCCCACACAACAGUGGAUGGUGAGCUUGUGGAUGGAGGGCAUGCAGCUGUAUGCUGGUAGCCCUGAUGGUACCUUAAGGAUGGGCAGGAGGGUGGGACCUGGCUUGGGGCUGCGGGGCCCAUAGCAAAGUGCUGGCCCUCAUGGUAUGACAUUGUAAUGAUGGAUCUUGGUUGUGCCCUCCCUUCAGCUCCUUGAGUGGCUGGUGAGUCUCCCAGAGGAGUUACCCAAAGGCCUCUAAGGGGUCAACUGCACUUCCUGGCCCUGCCUCUUCUGACCUGCUACUGAUUCUAGUGCCCACUGGCACACUGGGCUCAGAGCCCAUCCCUUCUUGCUAAGACUGUGCCUGGCCUGCAGAUAUGACAGGCCUUCCCUCAAAACCACACCCUGGAGGGUUGCAGCUUGCUCAGUGGUGGCUGUACCUGUGUCCCUCAGUCCUUCACCAUGCCUGCCCAUCCUCU